GCCGUCCGGAGGCGCGCCCCGCUCGUGGCCAGCGCGGACGCGCGGGCGGCCCAGUUCCAGACCCUGCUGGGCGAGCGCGCCCUCGGCGGCCUCUCGGGCCCGCUGCAGGGGCCCGCGCGCAGCGCGGCCGCGCGCGUCGCCGAGCUACUGGCGCCCUGCGCGCCCGGCAGCGAGGCCCCGGACCUGAGCGCCGCGGUGCAGGCGCUGGCGCCGCAGCCGGCGCGCCAGCCGGCCGCGCAGGUGGACGCGCGCACCGAUCCGGCCCUGGACGGCACAGACCUCCUGGCGCGCCUCUACUGCCGGGCCCUGGCGCCCGCGCUCAUGCCCGGCACCGAGGGCCCCUCGGAGCGCGCCAAGGACGUGCUGUCGCCCGCGAGCGUCAGCGCUGCUGCUCUGCGGCGCGCCCUCCUCGCCGCGCUGGCGCGGCUGCGCCGGGGCGUCCAGGCGGAGCUGCUCCGAGCGCGGCGCCCCUGCGAGGAGGCGGCGGAGGGGCUGCAGGGGCUGAGGCCUCAGAUGAGGUGCGGCGCCUGCGCUGGCGAGCUGCCCUGCCGCGCGUGCGCGCCGCCCGCCCGGGCGGCCUGCCGCUGCUGCCUGGCGGAGCGGCCGCGGCCGUGCACCGCGGCGUGCGCGGCGCCGCCCGCCUGCGCCAAGACGGGCCGCCCUGGGGAGCUGGAGGCGGCCUCGGCCAAGCGGCUGCUGCGCGUGCGCUGGCCGCUCGGGGGCGCCAGCUGCCCCCUGUGCGGCUCGGCCGCGCGCGCGGCGGCGGAGUGCGAGCAGUGCGGGGAGGGGCAGAAGCUGGAAGCCGCGUGGCUGCCCGCGCCGCAGGGCGCCCGGCGGCGCGCGGCCGCGCGCGUGAAGAUGAGGCCCGGCGCCGCGGCGUGGUGGGGGGCCCCGCGGCCUGGGCUGCUGCGGCUCGCGCGCCACCGCGGCUGGUUGUGCCGCGGCGGCGCCGCCCCGGCGCUGCUGGUCCCAGCGCUGGGCAGGCUGGGCGCCGCCGAGCUGGCGCGCGAGCUGCCCCUGCUCAUGCUGCGCAAGCUCCGCGGCCCGGGCGCGGGCGCGCGCGCGGACGCGCCGCGCGAGGAGCGCGGCGUCCGGCGGCGCGAGCCGCCCCUCCACGACGCCACCUGCGUGGGCGCGGGGCUCCGGCCCUCCCAGGUCAGGCGCGAGGGCCGGCUGCGCCGCCGCAGCGCGCGGACGAAGCGCGGCCGCGCCGACCACUACGACGCCAGCGACAAGACCCAGGGCCAAAAAGAGGCGGCGCCCGCCUCGCUGCGCUUCCCCCCCUCCGCGCUUCAGGACGAGGAGGGCGAGCGCGCGUCUGCGGAGGCCGUGCAGGCGGCGGCGGCCGCGAUGAUCGAGGAGCGCGAGGCAGGCGCGGCGGCGCCCCAGCACUGCCGCCUGCUGGUGGAGCACUGCGGGCUGCCGGGGCGCUCGCGCCGCCUGGAGGAGGCGGCGCUGCUGAACCGCCGGCUGCGGCGCGAGCUGGACGUGCGCAUGGUGGAAUUCCGCGUCGGCGAGCUGGCGGGGCUCUCCGGCGCCGGGCGCGCCCGGGACCAGCGCCUGCGGGGCGACGAGCCGCCCCUCACCUACUCGCUGCCCCUCGGCGAGCUGCAGAUGCACUGCCCUCGGGCCCUGGCCCUGCCGCCCCCGCCGGGGCACCCCGCGCGGCAAGGCCCUCAGACGAGGGCCAUGCCCGCCUGCUGCACGGAGAGGCCCGCGAGUCUCAGGGCCGCGGAGGGCCGCGGCCCGGUCGCUGCGCCCUGCGCCUGGUCGCCCACGGUGAGCGACGGCCGCCUCGGGGCGGGCGGCCACGGCGCGCGCGCGCAGGGCGCGCUCUUCUCUGUGGCGUACCUCGACCACUUCGACGGCAGCACCUACGAGGACGCGGGCAGCACCACGGAGCAGUUCGCGCAGGAGCAGGGCCGCUGCUUCGCCCUGGCCACGCCGCUGCAGGUGCGCGGGCAGGACAAGCGAGCGCAACGCGUCGCCCCGCUGGCGGAGCUGCGCCGCAGGGCGCCGCUCCGCCAGCAGGCCGCCGACCGCCGCUACGACCACCUGGGCAGCUCCGGGCGCGCCCGCGGCUUCGUGCUGAAGGGCGCCGCGCUCGCGGCGCUGCAGGACGGAGAGCACGUCAGGGCGCCCUUCGACGCGUGGGUCGAGGACUGGAGCGAGUCGCGGCGCGGCGUGGACGUCGUGGUGCUCGUGGCGCAGCACGCCUGGCAGUCGGGCGUCAAGGUCGCGUGGCAGCUCCAGAAGAGCGUGCUCACCAGCGUGUCCAACGGGCUCUGGGCGGCCGGCGCGGCCCUGCUACGUGAUCGCCUUGACAAGCGCAG